AUGUGCACGCAAACAGAGACGCGAGAAGAAUGUAGCCGUUGCGGCCACGUCAACGCCAACCAAGGCCCUAUUGAAAGCUGCGGUCUAAGAUCUCGUCAGCCCUUCGACAGCCGAAAUGACAACUAUUUUGUCGGUCGGUGCUAUGGAGUAGCUACAACUUCAUACACUGAGAGUGUUGUCUGUUCCACCUGCGCCACUACAGAGGAGAGAGAGCGGAGGAGACAUGAAAGCAAGGGAUCUGCCCAAAUCAUUGCGAAAUAA